AAUUAAUUUGAACAAUUAGAAUUAGGAUAAAUUUAGUACCAAAUGGCGAGCAUAUCAACUAUGAAUUGGCUGUUCGUAUGCGGCGUUUCAUUCUGCUUGGGCGGAAUUGCCGUGCUCAGUUUAAUGCCACUGAGCUCAGACUGUAUAUGCCCGUUGUCGAAUCCAUUGAGCAGGUUCAGCUCGGCAGCAUCAGCCGCGUCCACCUACACGCCGGUUAAGCACGAAUCUAAAAGGCCUCAUAAGCUAGCAUUGCUAGUGCCUUUCCGGGAUAGAUUUGAAGAACUGUUGCAAUUCGUCCCACACAUGACAAAGUUCCUAAAGCGCCAGGAUGUGGUCCAUCACAUAUUCGUAAUAAAUCAGGUGGACAGGUACCGCUUCAAUCGAGCUUCUUUGAUUAAUGUGGGCUUUCAUUUUGCCGGCGAUGUGUACGAUUAUAUUGCCAUGCACGACGUGGACUUGUUACCACUGAACGACGCACUGCUUUAUGAAUAUCCCAGUAACUUGGGACCACUGCACAUAGCCGGGCCUAAGCUGCAUCCUAAAUACCACUAUGACAAGUUCGUAGGUGGUAUUCUGCUGGUACGAAGCGAACAUUUUAAAUUAAUGAAUGGUAUGUCGAACCAAUACUGGGGCUGGGGCCUUGAGGAUGACGAGUUCUAUGUGCGCAUCAGGGACGCCGGGCUGCAGGUGACACGCCCGCAAAACAUUAAGACUGGCGUAAACGACACUUUUAGCCAUAUUCACAAUCGCCAUCAUCGCAAGCGCGAUACAACCAAGUGCUUUAACCAAAAGGAAGUGACUCGUAAGCGUGACCACAACACGGGUCUCAGCAACGUCGACUACAAAAUACUUAAAGUGCACGAGUUGACCAUCGAUGGUGUCGGCAUUACUGUGUUGAAUGUUUUACUUGAAUGUGAUGUUAAUAAAACGCCAUGGUGUGACUGUAAUGGUUCGGCGGCAGCUGCAUCAGCUGUGCAGACGAAAUGACAGGGCCCAUCGAAAAAAUGAAAA